UAUAAUAAAAUCUAUAUUUAUUUGAUUUAUUCUUUAUUAUAAAUAUAAUAAAAAGACGAGACAUUAAUAAAUAUUGCUACUUUCAAGUGCAAUCCUGACAAUUACUCAGUUCUUUCUUACAAUUGGAAUAUCAGUUUGACAAAAUGAGCCAAACUCAACACAAAACUCUUGUCAAAGAUUUAUUACCUAAGAAACAAUUGAGAAAUCAGAAGAAAAUAUCAAAUGAAGAAAUUACUGAACGUAAUGGUAUUGAUUAUCCAUUGGACAUAUGGUUUAUAAUAUCAGAAUAUAUUAAACCAGAAACUGUAGGAAAAUUUGCUUGUAUUUGUAAAUCUUCCUAUUAUGUGACUACGACUGCAAAAUUUUGGUUUCAUCUAUAUAAGACUUAUUACAAGUUUGUUCCUGGUAUCCCAGAACGUUUGCAGCCACAUUGGAUGAUACUACGCCAUGAAUUGCGUCUUUGCGUUAUCAGAACACUGCAUUAUACUUACUUUGCUGAGAGAAGAGCAUUGAGCUAUAUAUCACGGAUACAGCAAAAGGAACCACAUUCUCUUGUUAAAAGGCAAUGUUCUCUCAUGUGGCACGAAAAAGGAACUAAUCGGUGGUAUUUCUUUUUUAAAUUAAAAGAAAUAUCGGGAACAUGUAAUGGUACUUUAAUACAACAAAACAAAAGCAUGGAUGAUGAUAUUGACACAGCAGAAAAGAUAAAUGCAAAUUCCGAAGAAAAAUGUAAACUUUUACAGAAAGUAUCAGUAACUUUGAUGCCUGGUCUUAAAUACCUGCGAUUGCAGCUUGGAUUUGGAACAUCAGAUCUUCCAAAUGCAUUAACUAAUCAAGUUAUACUUAAUGAUGUAAUUGAUUAUGAAGUUUUCGAUUGGUGGCAUCCGCGUUAUCCACAUCAAGAUACAAUAUCUUAUUUAUGUGAUGUAGACAGUACCAUACAGUUAACCUCGGAUGAUACCUGGGAUUGAUGUUACUUUUCGUUUUUGCAAGAAGAUUUAUAUUUCGUUUAUUUAUAAGUAUAAUACAGAUAUAAGUUUAACGAUUAAAAUAUAUGCAUGGAAAUGUUACAAGCAAAGUUUCAAUUCUAAUUGAAUAAUUUUAGUCUUUAAAUAUUUAUACAAAUUGAUACCAUACACAAAUUUUUUAAAUAUUGAUCAGUUAUAGAUUGUCAUUUAUAGGUUAUGUAUUCUUGUAAACUUUAUUUUAUGAAAGUAUGUUGAAACUAUUUUUAGAAUUCUCUUUGCAAAUAUUAAAUAUUUUAAUGAUAAAAUUUUUUCACAGGGAACUUGGACAUUAAAAGAAGUAGAACUUUAGAU